AUGGGCCUUCCAUCUUUGGAUAUUGGGAAUGACAAAAAUUGGCUUAUUAAAUUGAGGGAUAUUUUCAUUAAUAAUUGUAAAUUACAUAUGAAGUGGACUACUCUAUUCCCCUAUUGCAUAUGGGAGCUAUGGAAAAACAGGAACCAUAAUAACAUCAAUAACCUGGAUAACUACCUUGAUAUAAGAAAGGUUAUCCAUGCAGCAUGGGAAUUCACCUUCUUCACUCAAAGAAAUUCAUUCGUGGAAAAAACUAUCAAUGUUGAGAUUAGUUGGAUUAAGCCUAAUAAAGAUGUGAUUAAAUUAAACUAUGACGGUGCAUUCUCCAGUAAGAGUAGAAGGGCAGGGCUUGGAGGCUACAACAAAGGAGAUUGGAUUGUAGGCUACCAUAAAUCAAGCCAGGCGAUUUCCCCCAUCCAUGUAGAGCUGUUGGCCUUACUAGAAGGGCUAAAAAUUGCUAGGGACAUGAACUUCAUCAUGAUAGAAAUUGAAACUGAUUGCACUAAGAUGGCUAAUGCACCAAUUGAAGAUCCCGCUACUGAAGCAUAA